AUGGCAAAAGUGGAAGACGGCUUGAAGCUUGAGAAAACUCUUGCUUCUCAAACCGAAUAUGUGUCAAGUAGUAGCGGUGAAAAUGAGAGAACCAGUUUAUUACACCGGUUUGUGGAUUCCUUUAAGAGAGUGGAACUAGGUGAGGUACAAGAAGGUGAAGAUGGCGAAGAUGGUGAAACCAAGACGGAUAUAAGAGUGAAGCUGAAGCAGGACAUGCGUAAGAGACAUGUGUGGAUGAUGUCACUAGGUACGGGUAUAGGUACGGGUUUGUUGGUUGCUAAUGCAAACUCUCUGCGGUUCGGUGGUCCAGCUGCCCUGUUAAUUGGUUAUAUCUUGGUUUCUAUGGUAUCCUAUGUCAUGAUGAAUGCUGCUGGUGAAAUGGCUGUGACAUAUCCUACUUUGCCAGGUGGAUAUAAUUCUUACUCUUCAAUUUUCAUAUCGAAACCAAUUGGUUUCGCUACUACGUGGGUUUACUGUCUACAGUGGGUUACGGUGCUACCGCUGGAAUUAAUUACUGCUACCAUUGUUAUCAAGUAUUGGUUGUCAUCUUAUGUGCCGCUUUUCAUUACGAUUUUUUACUUAAUGAUCCUGUUCGUCCAUUUCUUCGGUGUGUGGAUGUACGGAGAAACUGAAUUUUUCUGCAACGCGGCUAAGGUUAUAAUGAUAACUAUGUUCCUGAUUUUAGGUGUGAUCGUCAAUUGUGGAGGUAUCGGUAACAGUGGGUAUAUUGGCGCCAAAUACUGGAAUGACCCUGGUGCGUUUGUGGAGGGUUCUGCACUUCAAAAGAUAAAGGGCAUCGCAUUUGUGUUGGUUACUGGUUAUUUCUCCUAUGGAGGUAUGGAACUCUAUGCGCUAUCCGUAAAUGAGUUGCCAAACCCUAGGAGGGCAAUUCCAAGCGCAUGUAAGAAGGGUAUUUACCGUAUUCUGAUUGUUUAUAUUACAUCCAUGGCUUUGGUAACGUUCUUGGUCCCUCAUGAUUCUGAUCAAUUAGUUGGAGCUGGUUUUGAGCGUCUUGCUUCUCCUUACGUGAUCGCAAUGUCACUACAUGGUGUCAAGGUUGUUCCACAUAUAAUCAACGCUGUGAUUCUCAUUUCUGUGAUUUCUGUUGCAAAUUCUGCUAUGUUUUCCGGUCCAAGGUUAUUAUGUGCAUUGGCAGAGCAAGGUUAUGCUCCAAAGUUUUUAGAUUAUGUUGACAGAACCGGUAGGCCCUUGACUGCACUACUUGCUUGUUCUAUCGCAGGCCUUCUCGCAUACACCGCAGUUGCAAAGAAUGAGGUCGAAAUUUUCGAAUGGUUGGCCGCUAUUGCUGGACUUUCAGAAGUGUUCACAUGGGGUGCGAUCUGUUUAUCACACUACAGGUUCAGAAAGGCUAUGAAGCACCAUGGAAAAUCCCUAGAUACUGUUGGUUACAAGUCCAAAACUGGUGCCCUUGGAUCCUUUGUAGCCGUUUUCUUCUGUGGUCUCGUUCUUGUUGCUCAGUUAUGGGUUGCUAUCUCGCCUAUGAACUCUGCUGUUAAACCAAGCGCAAAUGCCUUCUUCAAAUUAUGCAUGGCUUUACCCAUCUGGAUCUUCUCGUGCAUCGGUUAUUGUAUAUAUAGUAAGAACUGGAAGCUACUAAAUCCAAUAGAAUCUAUUGAUGUGGAUUAUGGUAGGAGGAUCUACGAUGCUGAGGUCUUGAAACAAGAAGAAUUUGAAUACGCAGAAAUGAUAAAGAAUCGGGGAUGGAGAGCCAGGAUAGUUGCUUUUUGGUGUUAA